AUGGAGCUGGAAAAAGCCGCCCAGGUGCUCCUGAAGGAGGCGGGUGGAUUGGGGGGUGCCUUGGGGCAGCUGCUGGAGCAGCAUCAGGUGAUGCAGGGCCCAGUUCACUCUUCGUGGUGUUGUGCGUUUUACAGAAGGCGUUUUAUCUCCCAGCGCUGCUCUCUAGACUUUUUAGAAGACAUAGUGGAAUAUGCCAGUGUACGAAGAACCAAGCACAUCUCGGGGUCUCCAAGACACAAAAGUUUGAAGAAGAUGCACUUCAUCAAGAACAUGAGGCAGUAUGACACGAAGAACAGCAGGAUAGUAUUAAUCUGCGCUAAACGAACACUGUGUGUGGCUUUUUCUAUCCUACCUUACGGGGAGAGUUUACGGAUCAGUGACCUGAAAAUGGACGGCCAGAAACAACGACAUCCUUCUGGGGGAGUUUCAGUCUCCACUGAGAUGGUGCUUGGUCUGGAAGGAGUAGAGCUAGGAGCUGAUGGCAAGGUUGUGUCCUAUGCAAAAUUCUUGUAUCCAACCAACGCCCUAGUUGUCCGUAAAACUGACAGCCACAGUGUUGUUCCUGCAUGCCGAGCUAGUGCUUCCCGGAGCCUCCCUGCAGCAAGGUACAAACCUGUGGCAGCAAAAGCAAUACCAGCAGGAGCAGAGAUAGGAAAUGAAGCUGGUGAAGCAACAGAAUACGAUCCAAAUCUUCUGGAUGAUCCUCAGUGGCCCUGUGGGAAACACAAGCGGGUUCUCAUCUUUGCCUCUUACAUGACAACAGUCAUAGAAUAUGUGAAACCCUCGGACCUUAAAAAGGAUAUGAAUGAAACCUUUCGAGAGAAGUUUCCUCACAUCAAGUUAACACUGAGCAAAAUUAGGAGCUUAAAGAGAGAGAUGCGGAACCUGAGUGAGGAGUGCAGCCUGGAGCCAGUUACUGUGUCCAUGGCUUAUGUUUAUUUUGAGAAGCUUGUUCUCCAAGGCAAACUCAACAAACAGAACCGCAAACUGUGCGCUGGGGCUUGUGUUCUGCUCGCAGCCAAGAUAAGCAGUGACCUCAGGAAACACGAAGUCAAACACCUUAUAGAUAAACUAGAAGAGAGAUUCAGGUUCAACCGAAGAGAUCUCAUUGGUUUCGAAUUCACCGUGCUCGUAGCUUUGGAACUGGCUCUCUAUCUUCCUGAAAACCAGGUUUUACCUCAUUACAGACGGCUCACGCAACAGUCCUAACC